UCCUGCCGCUCCUGAAUGGCCACGUUUAUACCAAAACACCACUUGACUGUUUUUGGAGCACGCAGCAAGAACGGGGGAAGUUCUCCACCAAUUGUUUCAGUCCUGAGAGGAGCGCGGCGGUCGGACCCUCCCUCCUCCUAUCUCUCUCCCCUCUCUCUCCUCUGUCUCUCUUCCUCUCUCGCCCUCUCUCUCUCCUCCCCUUGUUGUGACAGAGCACACCUGCUUGAUCUUGGCUGCACGCGCUCCGAGUCCAAUUACCCCAUAGGCCCUCGCAGCCACUUCACAGUCUCAUCCCCCCACUCGACUGGAUUUUUGGGAGUCAAGCUCAUCUCGCACACUUCUACUCUCUUCGCUUCUACUGAGAACAGGCUCCCUGCUAGCAGUACCAUGAGGUCAGCCUGUCUCUCUUUGCUCCUGGUCACGGCCUGCUGGGCUCUGCCCUUCCGCCAGUCUGGCUUCCUUGAUUUCAUGAUGGAGGAUGAGGCGGGAUCAGGUCUGCCUGACACGACUCCAGAUUUAGGCUUUCCUGCACCGCCUGCAGGACCCAAAUGCCCCUUCAGAUGCCAGUGCCAUCUGCGAGUGAUCCAGUGCUCUGACCUCGGUCUGAAGGCUGUUCCUGAGGACAUCCCAGACGACACCACCCUGCUGGACCUGCAGAACAACAAGAUCACUGAAAUCAAGGAGAAUGACUUCAAGAACCUCAAAGGCCUUCAUGCUCUGAUCCUGGUGAACAACAAAAUCACCAUCAUCCACGCAAAGGCCCUCAGCCCUCUGACCAAGCUGCAGCGUCUCUACCUGUCUAAGAACAUGCUGAAGGACGUGCCCGCCAACAUGCCCAAGAGCCUGCAGGAGCUGCGCAUCCAUGAGAAUGAGAUCACCAAGAUCAAGAAGGCCUCCUUCCAGGGCAUGGGCCACAUCAUCGUCAUGGAGCUCGGGUCCAACCCUCUGAAGAGCGCAGGAAUCGAGGCCAGCGCUUUUGCUGACCUGAAAAGGGUCUCUUACAUUCGCAUUGCAGACACCAACAUCACAGACAUCCCCAAAGGUCUGCCCAGCUCUCUGUCUGAGCUCCACCUGGAUGGAAACAAGAUCACCAAGGUGACGGCUGCCAGCCUCCAGGGCCUGAAGAACCUGGCCAAGCUGGGUCUGAGCUACAAUGAGAUCAGCUCUGUGGAAAAUGGCACUCUGGCUAACGUCCCCCACCUGCGAGAGCUUCACCUCGACAACAACGCUCUGACCAGUGUUCCUGCUGGCCUGCCCGACCACAAGUACAUCCAGGUGGUCUACCUCCAUGCCAACAAGAUUGCUGCUGUGGGAACAGGGGACUUCUGUCCUCCUGGCCUCAACCACAAGAAGGCCAUGUACUCUGGCAUCAGCCUGUUCAGCAACCCUGUGCCUUACUGGGAAGUCCAGCCCAUCACCUUCCGCUGCGUCUUCGACCGCUCCGCCAUCCAGCUCGGCAACUACAGGAAGAAGUAGAGCGUCCCACGCGCCUCUGCCAGGAAGUGUGUGUUUGUAAAUGAGUGUGUGAAAGUUUUCUAAGUGUGCGUGUUUGCCCUACAACACUGACCCCCCCACCAACACUGCCUCCCCUUCCCCACGAAUAAUGGUGUAAUUAAUCCACGCGCUCAUUUUCAAAAUAGCAGACAUGGACCUCAGCGUAUAAUUUUUUCAUUAUUUAGCUUCAAAGUUGGUGCAACAGUAGUAGCUUACAGCAAACACCAGCACACAGCACAUCAUUUCAUACACACAAAGCAUUAACAUUGCAAAUAUGCAUUUUCAUUCAGUGGACAAAUUGGAAUUUAGAGGUGAUUCCUAAACAAAAAGAUGCGACACCUCAAACAGCGGAAAAUCUCACUAUUUGAAAAGCAUCCCCAACCUUUAGCCAUUGUAUGAAUUAUAAAAACGCUGGCCUGUAGAGCAGGCAGCAAGGGGUUAACUUGUGUUUUACCUUUAACAACUGGUAUAACUAGAAUGUACUAGAUAUUACCUGUGUACUAGGAUUCAGAGUGUAACAUUACCACGCUGCACUCCUUGAAACAACUCCGAGUUUCUAUUUGUAUUGUAUUCAAUUCAAGUAGAGAUAAAAAGCAACCGUGACUUCUCUCACAUUGUGAUUUCUUGUGCUUACUUCAGUGUUGAUUUAGUUCUGGGUAUUUUCACUUUCACUUCAUCACAUUUCCUCUCCUAGUGUAUGUUGUUCCAUUGAAAAAAACAAAAAAAAACAAGGUGAAAAUAGCUUAUUAAAAAUGUAGAAUAAACCAUAUAUGUUUUAAACAGAAGCCAUUCCCAAAGAUUUAUAUGCAUGCUCUUUUUUUUCCUUUCAACUUGAACCUGGUGCUUUCUGGAAUCUCUUGUUAAUGCGUGUAUGUAUUUUUCUCCAUGUUUCCCUGCCCUUUCUUUCUUUUUUUGUUUUUUUUUUAAGAGUCAAGAAAAAUUGGACGGUGUAUGUGGACCGGCAUGCCCACUGCAACCAUGUUGGUGUGAAUGUUGUAUGUAUAGACGCUGUAUAUAAAUGCUGUAUAAAAAAAAAAUCUCUCAUUUGCUUAAAGGCACAAGCACUUACCAUAGCUCAGACUUAAUAUAUCAGCAACAAAAGGUGUUCCUCUUUUUUUUUCCCGGAGCAGGGGCUCCAGCUAAGGUGUCCUGAACAAAAUAAAAAUACUAAUGGAAAAAGUA